UCUCUUUCUCUAGUCUUGUACGUCUUGUGUCCCUUGCAGCCUUUCAGUCCUUGUCGUCUUCUUUUUCCUACUCCUUCUUCUUCUUCUCCUUCUUCUUCUUCAACCAUUCCAAUACUUUCUGUCCCUGUUUCGCCACACAAACACAGCCGUUCACUUUCUCAUAUACCCUUAUCCCAUUUUUUUCUAACUCAGUAGGAAAUUGAUGCAAUUUACCUCAGCUUCUUCCAAAACUUAAACUUUAGGAACUUUACUCGAAUGGGGUUGAAUGCAAUUGACACCUAAUCUAGUUUCUCACCUCCUUAACCCCCAUUUUAUUCGUGUGUUUUUGUCUUUUUGCGCAUAUUAUAAAUUUAUAAAUAUAUUUUAUAUAUGGACAUAAGGACCUUUCUUGUUGAACACAAAGCCCAAAGUUCUAGAAUUUGAGGCAUUGCAUAUAUUUUUCUUUCCACCGUCUGAGAAAAAAAAGGAGAAACAUUGUUGUUUUUCUUUCUUUUAUUUUUCUUCUGGGUCAGAAAAAUGUCAACUUUGCAGAUGUCCCAUGUUAUUGAUUUAGAGCAAGGAAAUCAUGAGGAUGAUGCUGUUGUUGGAGGUGUUGGGAGUGAUGAUGAUGAUGGUAGCGUGUAUUUAUCUGAUGCAGAAGAGGGUGGUUCAAGCCACUCUCAUUUCUAUUCAACACAUGGUGAUGGUGGCUCAGCAUUUGAUGAUUGCAGCUUCUCAUGUGUCUCUGAUCUUGAAGCUGCUGCUGUUGUUCAUGAUUCUGGGAGGGCUUCUUUUGCUUCUGAUUUCUCUGUGGAGCUGGGAAAUGCAGCUGCGGUUCCUGAAAUCAAAGUGCAUUUGGAUAAUAAUAUUAUUAAUAAUAAUCACAAAGUGGAGAGGGAUUGUAGAAUUUGUCACAUGGGUUUGGAGAGUGAUAGUUCUGAGUCUGGUGUUCCAAUUGAAUUGGGUUGUGCUUGUAAAGAUGACCUUGCUGCUGCUCACAAAAUAUGUGCUGAGACAUGGUUCAAGAUUAAGGGGAAUUUGACCUGCGAAAUUUGUCAUUACGUUGCACGGAAUGUUCAUGGCACAACUGACCAUUCUAGUGACGGGAACAACCCUGCUGCAAUAGCUGCACUUUCAACACAUGCAACUCCAGCAGAAGCUCGAAGAUUUUGGCAUGGUCAUCGCUUCCUAAACUUUCUUCUUGCUUGUAUGGUUUUCGCAUUCGUCAUAUCAUGGCUUUUCCAUUUCAAUGUGCCGUCAUCAUAGAUACCUGAGACGGUUUUUAUUCAUAGUUCAUUGUAAAUUAAAAAAGUUGAUUAGGAAAUAAUUUAGCAGACAAGAGAAAAAUGGAGAAGGGAUGAAAAGUUGGGAAGAAAACAAGAAAAUUCAACACAAGAAUCAAUAAGAUGACAGUGUAUAACAUCUUUUCCUCCCAUGAAGAAUUUUCUGUUGUGAAUUCUUCUUAAAUUAGUAGUGAGAGCCUUAGAAGGCUUUCUUGUUCCAUCUUUUCAGGAUCAAUUUAAUUUUUGGACAAAGUACUAGAAUGUAUAUUCAAAUGU